CUGUUCUCUUCCGUUCUUAAACAAUUUUAUUUUUUAUUCGCACACCCUUGUAUUUUUUGCUAAUUAAAAGAGAAACCAUGUCUAACAACGAAGACACAUCACGCAGCGCAAAUAAUCUCCGGGGCAGCCCCCACUUUACAGUAGCAACACAACAAUGGCAAUAAUGGCGUGCAGUACACUCCGCCUCGGGUGGACCUCGCCAGCCGGUUUUGUGUCCAGGCACGGUGGUCAGGCACCGCCUCCACCGGGUGCUGUUGGAUACGGUGGCCACCAGGGCCAGCAAUUCAGCCACGGUUACGACCAGAACACCAGGCCGGCUUCUCCCCAGGAUGGCGCCAGGUCGAACAGCAUUGCCAACACGGGGCUUCAGUGGGUUAGCGCGUCAAACAACCACAUACCGCUAAACCCCGUCCAGGGUGGCAUAGAGAAGAAUGGCAAGCCGCUUUUUGUCGCCCGCGCCAUGUACAAGGGCGGUCUGCAUCCGGGAAAGGGGGGGUGCAACAUUGGCUGGGGCCACAAAGAGGUCGCAGUUGCUGAUUACCAGGUUCUCUGCGGCGAUGCACCGCUGUAUAUCGCCAAGACUCUGUAUGAGGGCUCGCAGCAGCUGGGAAAGUGCGCUCCUCACAUCAAAAAAGGAAUGGCAUUUCCGUACGGCCACAAGGAGAGAGACUGCAGCGAAUAUAUGGUGCUAGCCUAUGCUGACUAAAAGCGAGAGAGGCGAGUCCUUUGUUUGGUUAUGCCUAUUUUUGUACAUUUUUGAACUUUUCUUUAACAAUACAAAAAACUUGAUUUUU